UUCAUUGUAAAGUGACUGUGCACAGACACUUUGAGACAUGGGUCUUAGACUUCAGAUCACUUCUCCGGAAAUCCUAUUUUCCUCCAUCUUUCUCCUACUGACUUUUUACUGGAUUGCACAUGGAGAUGCAGACGGUGUGGUCAGAGUGGUUGUUACAGAAGAGAGUGACGCCCUGUUACCCUGCUCCCCCAGCACCAGAGAAAACCUCCAAGAUAAACUGUUUGACUGGAAGAAGGUCGGUCAGGGAGGAGGAACUCAGCACCAAGUCUUCAUGUACGAUUCUGCUGUUCAUUAUGAUCGUCAUUCAGGUCAGAGUGAGCAGUUCAAAGGUCGAGUCUCACAUUUCCAAAAUGAACUGAAGCACGGAAACGCCUCCAUCGUCAUCAGAGAGACGAAGGUGAUCGACAGUGGAAGUUACAUCUGCGUUUUCCCCCGUCUGCAGCCUCAUCAAACAUUCCACAUCGAGCUUGUUGUUGUUGGUUGUGACCCGUGCUUGAAAUUGGAGAACAAACACGGGGAAACUGCUGGUGCCGCUCCAGAGCCUUGCACCUCGAUAGUUGACGUCACGGAGUUGGGCGUGGUGCUGAAAUGUGACGUUCGAGGUGCCUCUCCAGAACCUAAAGUAGAGUGGCAGGACAGUGAAGGAAGCAUCCUUCAUGCUGAGGAUCCUCAGGUCUCAGAGAGAGGAGGCCGCUAUGACGUUAGCAUCCAAACCACUGUGAGCAACACCUCAAACAACCGCUUCCACUGCGUCGCCACACAGCAGCUGAUCGGACACAGGGUCCAAGCCAACAUCACCGUGUCAGGUGAGACCAGACAAGACUUUGAUGUGAACAUAAUCUGAGAUGUUCAUCUGGUAGAAUUUAAAUGU